UGAGCAGAAUUCCAAAAUGGCGAACGCGAUUGGUCGAAAUGCCUUCAGUGCUUAUUUUUUUCUCGCGAUUGUUUCCCGUGUGGGUUAAUGGCUCCUCCUGCUACAGUCUGAAACGGAGUUGGCAGCGAGAGGCGAUUCGGGGGGAGCUGUAACAUCGCUAGCACGUACAAAACGGCUGUAAAACCCCGAAUACCGGCGUGAUCGAGUGGGUAAAAGGGCUACCCGACUCGUAGUUUAGGUCUCGGGGUUGAUUCCGGCAGGACAGCAACGCAUUUUCUCCCCUAACAAACCAGCUCGCCAGAUGAACUCUCUGAGAGCCACCAACAGGAGACCCAGGCGAGUGUCGAGGCCGCGCCCGGUGCAGCCCGAACGAAACAACGGGGAGAGAGAUGAGGAGGCUCCUGCCGCCGCUGCUGCAGAAAUGGCCAUUGAAGAGUCGGGUCCCGGGGCCCAGAACAGCCCGUACCAGCUCCGCCGGAAAACACUGCUGCCCAAAAGAACCGCUGCUGCCUCUGCCACCGCCUCUGCCUGCCCCAGCAAGGGCCCCAUGGAGGGAGCUUCCACGUCGUCGACAGAAGCUUUUGGUCAUCGAGCCAAACGAGCGCGAGUGUCUGGGAAGAGCCACGACCUCCCAGUGGCCCCGGCGGAGCAGUACCUGCAGCAGAAGCUCCCAGACGAGGUGGUGCUGAAGAUCUUCUCUUACCUCCUGGAGCAGGACCUGUGUCAGGCCGCCUGUGUCUGCAAGAGGUUCAGCCAACUCGCCAACGACCCCAUCCUCUGGAAGCGCCUUUACAUGGAGGUAUUCGAGUACACACGUCCCAUGAUGCACCCUGAGCCCGGGCGCUUUUACCAAAUCAGCCCCGAGGAGCACGAGCACCCAAACCCCUGGAAGGAGAGCUUUCAGCAGCUGUACAAAGGAGCCCAUGUCAAACCAGGCUUUGCAGAGCACUUCUAUAGUAACCCCGGGAGGUACAAGGGCCGCGAAAACAUGCUGUACUACGACACCAUCGAGGACGCUCUCGGAGGGGUGCAGGAAGCUCACUUUGACGGUUUGAUUUUUGUUCACUCUGGAAUCUACACCGACGAGUGGAUUUACAUCGAAUCUCCCAUCACAAUGAUAGGAGCAGCACCCGGGAAAGUAGCAGACAAAGUGGUAAUAGAAAAUACUAGAGAUUCCACGUUUGUUUUUAUGGAAGGCUCAGAAGACGCUUAUGUGGGAUAUAUGACCAUAAGGUUUAACCCCGACGAUAAGUCUGCACAGCACCACAACGCUCACCACUGUCUGGAGAUCACCGUAAACUGUAGCCCCAACAUAGACCACUGCAUCAUCCGCUCCACCUGCACAGUGGGGUCAGCGGUGUGCGUGAGCGGUCAAGGAGCCUGUCCCACCAUCAAACACUGCAACAUCAGCGACUGUGAAAACGUAGGACUCUACAUCACGGACCACGCACAGGGCAUUUAUGAAGAUAAUGAAAUUAGCAACAACGCUUUAGCUGGAAUCUGGGUGAAAAACCACGGCAACCCCAUCAUUAGACGCAACCACAUUCACCACGGGCGCGAUGUGGGCGUGUUCACGUUUGACCACGGCAUGGGAUACUUUGAGAACUGUAACAUUCACCGAAAUCGGAUCGCCGGUUUCGAGGUGAAGGCGUAUGCCAACCCGACCGUCGUGAGAUGUGAGAUCCACCACGGGCAGACGGGAGGCAUCUACGUCCACGAAAAGGGGCGUGGCCAGUUUAUAGAAAACAAAAUCUACGCCAACAACUUCGCUGGAGUCUGGAUCACAUCCAACAGUGACCCCACGAUACGGGCCAAUGCAAUUUUUAACGGAAAUCAAGGAGGCGUGUACAUAUUUGGGGAUGGGCGGGGCUUAAUAGAGAGUAACGAUAUUUAUGGCAACGCUUUGGCGGGAAUCCAGAUCCGAACCAACAGCUGCCCCAUUGUCCGGCACAACAAGAUCCACGACGGGCAGCAUGGAGGCAUCUACGUGCACGAAAAAGGCCAAGGUGUGAUCGAGGAGAACGAGGUCUACAGUAACACGUUAGCGGGAGUGUGGGUGACGACCGGCAGCACGCCCGUCCUGCGCAAGAACCGGAUCCACAGUGGAAAACAGGUCGGGGUUUAUUUCUAUGACAAUGGGCAUGGCGUAUUGGAAGACAAUGACAUCUACAAUCACAUGUAUUCUGGAGUCCAAAUAAGAACGGGAAGCAACCCAAAGAUACGACGUAACAAGAUCUGGGGAGGACAGAACGGAGGCAUUUUAGUCUAUAACUCGGGUUUGGGCUUUAUUGAAGACAAUGAGAUUUUCGACAACGCCAUGGCUGGAGUCUGGAUAAAGACAGACAGUAAUCCAACUCUGAGGAGGAACAAGAUCCACGACGGGAGGGACGGAGGCAUCUGCAUCUUCAACGGAGGACGAGGUUUGCUCGAAGAGAACGACAUUUUCAGAAACGCGCAGGCCGGAGUCCUCAUCAGCACCAACAGUCACCCCAUCCUCCGAAAGAACCGGAUCUUUGAUGGAUUUGCUGCAGGCAUCGAGAUCACAAACCACGCCACCGCCACUCUGGAAGGAAACCAGAUCUUCAACAACAGAUUUGGAGGUCUUUUUCUGGCCUCAGGAGUCAAUGUAACUAUGAAAGAUAAUAAAAUAUUAAAUAACCAAGAUGCCAUUGAGAAGGCAGUGAGUCGAGGGCAGUGUCUCUAUAAAAUCUCCAGCUACACCAGUUACCCCAUGCACGACUUCUACAGGUGUCACACGUGUAACACGACGGACAGAAACGCCAUCUGUGUGAACUGCAUUAAAAAGUGUCACCAAGGCCACGAUGUAGAGUUUAUACGGCACGAUAGGUUUUUUUGUGACUGUGGCGCAGGGACGUUGUCGAACCCCUGCACUUUGGCCGGAGAGCCCACGCACGACACGGACACUCUGUACGACUCGGCGCCCCCUAUCGAGUCCAACACACUACAACACAACUAAAAACCUCACUUCCCUCAUAAAAUACAACCAGAACGACUCACAACAAACUCAACAGCGAAAGGCCCCAGAGACUGACAGACAGCUCCCGUAGGGCCUGAUGCGCUGCAGUACCGGCACACUCCACCAGGGGGCAGCAGUGGCCACAAGAGAUUCCUCCAAGAGUAUUUCUGCAGUCUGAAAAGAGAAGCGCCCCCUAGUGUCACCCCUCACAUCGUCUUCAUGAACUUGUCAGAGACUUCCUGUUUCCGGGCGCUGCCGUCCCAUUAGCCGCGUGGCGGGCGUAACUAGGCAACAGAGCAAAGGGGGAGUGGCUCUGAAAAUGGACAAAUGUCAAAGGUCGUGUGUGUGAUGGAGCACUUGGGCUUUUUUUUAAGAAAUAUGUUUUGAUCAAUGGGUUUUAUUUCGAUGCUUUUCUCAUGUAGUUUUGUAUUUUUGAGCGAAAAGCUGACUGUAUUUGAAUGUCUUUUAUUUUAUUAUAUAUUAUUAUAUUAUUUCCUUUGGUUAGCCUCCCUUUUCCUCACAGUGACGCAGAGCCUCGUGGUCCCAGUGGUCGACUUCUUUCUGUGAAAGAGUUUAACACUAUCCCUCUCCUCGCCAAGGCAGUUGUACAGUGUGCGUGUGUGUUACCGUUGUGUGUAUUUGUGUUAAUGCAGUCAGUGUUUAGUGGAGAGGUGUCAGCAGGGGGCGCUACAGCUCCUCUCACUGGGACACGAUGACUCUGCCCCGCCCCCUGUAUUGUGGUGACUGUGGCUCUCAUGCGGCCUGGAUCGUAUGCAUGUAUCAUAACAUCUAGACUUAAUAUAUUGUGAAGUAUUCAAUAACCAUUAUGUAGAUGCUAGUUGAAUUCAAAAAGGGGUCUACUUUCUUAGACAAAAAAGAACAGGAAACUGGCCAUUUCUAAGAAAAUAAAACUUUAUUAGUUCAAA